UUGCCCAACAUGUAUCCAUGCCAUGCCCCACCUCCUGCCCCAAAGUAUUCACAUGGUGAGCCCACACGGCUUAGUGUGGCUAUGUGACAGCUCCAUAAGACAGGUAUAUUAUAAGACAACCCUGAAUACAAGUGCUGAGGAAGAGAUUCUCUAUUUAUCACAACCUGCUAACAAUAGACUUAAAGGAAGUAGACGGGAUAGAGAAAAGUUUAAGGUAAGUUUUGAAAAAGUCACAAUUUUGGAGCAAUUUGUGCUCGCGUCAUUCCAUGCCAUGCCUUUUUCUAAAAAUUCCCAUCAGUUCUGACUUUGUUUCAGAAUAAUCCUUUGAUUUUAAGCCUUUUUGACAAAAAAUGAAGAGGUGGACCCUCCCUUUUUCAAUUCUAAUUUUGCACAUUCCUACAUCUUAAAUCUUCAGCAAAGUUCAAACAUCAGAUAUCUCAAUUAAUUUUUCAGAAAAUAAGAUAAGGAUUGUUGAAGCAUUUAGAUGAUUUUCAAAAAGAACUCUUCCAACAUUUCGAUCUCUACCUCUUCUACUUCCUUUCACAUAUAACAUAACAUUCAUGCAAAUACAGAUACUUAUUUACAUGAUUAUACAAAUAUUAUUGGAAGAACAAUGUUGAUAUUAU